GAGGGAGGCAGGGCUUUGCUGGGCGCCGCCUCCGCUCGGCUCCGAGGCCCGCCCGACGGGCGAGCGGGUGGCACCGAGAGCGCAGGAGCGCCGGAAGAUGCCGUCACGCCGAGGAGGAGGCGGCGGCGGCGGCGGCGAGAGAGGCAGGCCGUGGCGCGGCCCCGGCUGCCUGCUUGUCCCUCCAGCGGAGCGCUCCCCCACCAAGCCCGCGGGCCCGGGGCAGUGCGCGCGCCCCGCUGCCCGCCGAGGGAAGCAGGUCCGGCACGGGCGCUCGGCAGAGGGGCUGGUCCUGCUGGCUCCCCCGCUGCCAUCGCCUCCCCUUCCUCUCCAGAGGGCGAGGCUUGCCGCGGAGAGGAGAAGCAGGACGGCCCUACCUGACAGGUCGGCGGCGGGAAGGCAGGAGGCUCUGCUGCCGAAGGCGUCUGCUGGGGGCCUGCUCCGAGGCGCAGCGACGGAGUUUUGCAGCCGGGACCUGAAGGCCUGGGAGGCGCCCUCCCCCGCCCCUGCGAGUCCAGCAUCAUCACCACCACCCCCGCCACACACACACACACCCCGUGACGCACACAGGACUUUUAGCGCACGGGUUCUGGGCACAAACUGCAGCUGGACUCACAAGAAUGUCAGAAUAUCAAACAGCGGCUGACGUCAGAGCGGAAGUUGCGCACAGGCUCUUCGUCGCAGCCUUUGGUGGUCGUUCCGCCACUCACUUCCAGUUCCGGGUCACGCAGCGGAGAGAAUUUCCGGCUGGGGCCUUGUUGUCGC